AUGGCUUCUAAAUUUACACCGUUUGCGAGUCGACGAAGUGUCAUCCAUAGUCUCAAUGGAAUCGUGGCCUGCACGCAGCCCUUAGCUGCAGCAGCCGGACAGAGUAUCCUCCGAAGAGGAGGUAACGCCGCAGAUGCUGCGGUUACCGUUGCCGCAUGUCUCAACGUCACGGAGCCCUGGUCUACCGGAAUCGGCGGUGACAUGUUCUGUCUCUACUAUGACGCCCAGAAGAAAAAGGUCGAAGCCCUGAACGGGUCGGGAAGAGCACCCGCUAGCAUCACCCUGCAGGAAAUUCGACGGAAACUGGGCUUGGUUGAUAAUCAGCCCGGUGCCAUUCCCCUUACAAGUGUGUAUGCUGUCACGGUCCCAGGGGCAGCAGCGGGCUGGAUUGAUACCGUGGAGAGAUUUGGGAGCGGGAGACUAUCGAUGAGGGGAAUUCUGCGACCCGCGAUAGAGCUGGCUGAGGAGGGAUUCCCCGUAUCGGAGAUCUCUGCAUACUACUGGAAAGCCAAUGAGAAAUCCCUCCGAGCAGCGUCGCCCAACUUUAAAGAGAUGCUCAAAUACGACUCGACCGCAAAGGAUGGGGUCAGAGCACCCCGUACAGGAGAGAUCAUGAAAAACCCGACCCUCGCAAACACAUUCCAUAUGCUAGCGACUGAUGGCAAGAAUGGCUUUUACUCGGGCCGAAUUGCAAAAUCGAUUGCACAAGUCAUGCAAGAUCUCGGGGGAUAUUUGACAGAGGCCGACCUGAAGUAUCACGCAGGAAAAGCCAGUGACGCGGUAGAGCCAGUGUCCCUGCGCUUUACACCUAAGAAGUCCCCCAGUGUCGAUAUCUGGGAACAUCCGCCAAACGGCCAAGGCAUCAUAGCACUCAUGGCGCUUGGGAUAAUCCAAGAGCUCGAGCGAACAAAGAUCAUCUCUGGGAUACCCCCACAUAAUUCAGCAGAGUACCUGCACCUGCUCAUAGAGGUGCUGCGAAUCGCCUUCGCCGAUGGAACUUGGUGGAUUUCCGACCCGGAUUUCAAUUCCACACCAAAUUUGCUCUCGUCUUCGUACCUGGCAGAGCGCGCACGUCUGUAUAAUCCCAACCACACAUCUGGUGUCCUUGAUCACGGAAGCCCGGCCCUCCGUUCCAGUGACACAGUAUACUUCGCCGUGACAGAUGCGAACGGGAAUGCGGCGUCGGUCGUCAACAGCAACUACCACGGCUUCGGAAGCGGAAUCAUCCCCGCAGACUGUGGGUUCACGCUUCAGAGCCGAGGCGCCAACUUCUCACUUGAACCGGGACAUCCUAAUGCAUUGGAGCCUGGAAAAAGACCAUACCACACAAUCAUCCCAGCGAUGGCGACGAAUCCGGACGGAUCGCUUCACUCGGCAUUUGGGGUGAUGGGUGGGUUUAUGCAGCCACAGGGACAUGUCCAGGUUCUGCUGAACAUGUUGGUGUUUGGAAUGAGCCCCCAGGAGGCGUUAGAUGCGCCGCGGGUAUGCAUUGGCGUCGAGACGGGUGGGUCAGAAGGUUGGGUCGAUGUCGAGGAAGGUGUAAGCUUGGAGGCAAUCGAUGGGUUGGAGAAGCGGGGACAUCGAGUCAAACUUAGAACGGGGUGGCAGCGGGAUUUGUUUGGCAGAGGGCAGAUUAUUCGUAGCUGCACGGAGGGUGGUCAGAGGGUGUAUAGUGCGGGGAGUGAUCCGAGGGGUGAUGGCUUGGCAGUGCCGGUUUAA